CAUCCCUAUUUUUUUUUCCAAUUUUUUACAUCCCAAUUUCAGCCGGCCCCGAGAAAGAAAAAAAAUAUAUAAUUUCUCUGAGCCUAAGAGGAAAAAAAGAUAAAACCAUGGCUUCACAAAAAUUGAAUUGUUGUUUAUUAUUAAGCAUGGCUAUCAUUCUUGUGGUAACAAAAAGCAGCGAGGCUAAUGGCGCAGUUCCAACGAGCCCGUAUUGUAAGAUUUGUACUAUACCAAAUUUGUGCAAUAAUGUUGUCAACGGUGCAACAAAUUGGAAGGAGGCAAUGGUCAAGAGCAUAAACGCAUGUACGGAAAUUGCGUACAGGAUCCAAAAUGUGACCAAUAGCAUUCUUCCACAAAUCACAGGGGUUGCACCACAAACAAAGACAUCAAUUCAAGAUACAUGUAAAGAAGCUAUGGAUGGUGCAGUAAGUGAUCUUCAAGAAGCAAUGAAGGCACUGAACAAGAAUGAUCAAGGAACAAUGCUCACAAAUUUAGCCUCUUUACAUACAGAUUGUGCUGAUGCAUUGGAUCAAUUUGGGAUCAAGUUUUUACCCUUAACUAAAGUUGUUGGACGUUACCUUAAACAUAUGUCCGUUGCUCUAUCUGUUGCUCAGACUCCACAGUAAACUUCUUCUCGGUUAACAUUCACAAAGGGAUUCAAAUUUAUAUGAUUGUAAUGUAGUUUCAAGAUCAUUGAAACUGCUUCAUCUUGUGUUUUUUUAAUGGAUCUUGAUAAAUUUAAAUGUGUAUUACUCACUCUUUUUUCAA